UCGACCGCAUAAAUCGUUUGUGUGAAAUCCAACGAAGGAAGAAAAUCAGACGCGAAGAACAGAGAGACAAGAAAAGCAAUGCAAGCCGGAAAAAACGCAGCCGCGACAGUGAAGGAGUCGGUAGCGAAUGUCGGCGCCUCGGCCAAGUCUGGACUGGAGAAGACAAAGGCCGCCGUGCAGGAGAAGGUGGAUAAGAUGACUGCGCAUGAUCCAGUGGAGAAGGAGGUGGCGACGCAGAAAAAGGAAGAGAGGAUAGAGCAGGCGGAACUCAACAAGCGUGAGGAGCGGGAGAACAACGCUGCUGCGCGGCAGGCGUCGGCCGGUACUCACGGGACCGCCACCACCACCGGCUCCCACCUGGCCAGCGGGACGACUCCCACCCACACCUACUCGACCACCGGGACGCAGGGUCAGACCACGGGGCGACACGAGAUGUCGGCGGUGCCGGGGCAUGGAGCGGGGCAGCCUGCGGGGAGCGUGACGGAGGGUGUCCCGAAGUCCCACCCCGUUGGGAUCAACACGGAGACUGGGGGUACCGUUGGUGAGAACAGCCUGGCGGAGGGCACUGCCGGCGGCUGUGGGUCCAGCGCCGCCACGGGGUAUGGGACGGGUGGCGCAGUCCCCAGCCCCGGCUACAGCAGCGGCCGUACUUAUCGUUAGAUGAAUGAAGUUGAGGUUCGGUAGGGGAAAAUCGUAGAGUAUGUUUGGGGGGUGUGGUAUAAUGUGAACUUGUAAUUUCGAGUGGUAGUAUUAUGAACAAAAUUUGAAUAAAAAUAUGUGAGAUUGAAACACAAA